GAAAGAGGCAAGCCUCGUGCCCUUGCAGUUAAUCAUUGGUUGGAGCCACAGGGAAGGGGAGGGGCCUCAGUGUCACUGUUUCUGUAGAGAGAGAGGCAGAGGGAGCAAGAAAGAGAGAGACAGCAAAGGAGGAUAAAUGAACACGGGGGGUUCUCCCAGCAUCGGUAUGCCUGCCUACCUCAUUUCCAGUCCAGACACAGUUGCUGCUCCUCUGGAUAGAAAUAACAGCUGAGGUGUGUUUGCAUGUGUGUGCGCGUGUUUUAAAAAUCAGUCACUCCGUGCACUGCCUUCAUUCUCUCAGCUAACGCCAGUCUGCUGUGAUUUUACUGCGAAGGACCAGACAGAAACUGUGACAAGAGCAAGCGGACAUGGAGGAGUGGUGAAAAGAGGGGUAAAGGAGAGCCAAGAAACACAAGGAAAAAAGAAGAAGAAACAGGAGAGAGAAGCAGAAGGACAGAAUAAAAAGGAGAUAUGCUUAAUGUCUCCUUCCCUCAAUUCAUUAAUGCAGCACUUUACACAAUAAUGUCUUUUCAUUGUAUGCUGUGACUCUGUGGACUAUAGACACAUAAGAGCUUCAAUCGGUGCUUUCUGCAGCUGCAGCAGAUGUUGAAGACAUCUUUGACUUUAUAGGGAGCGGAGGCAUUUCAAGCAUAGAUUGGACUAGAAUUCCUUUAAACAAAGUCACAUUCUGUUUUUUUUUCCCCUCCUUUUUGUGCCUUCAGCUGGGAAGUUGGCUUUACUGAAUAAAAGGAAUACACACGUUUCUUUUUGUGUGUUAAUCUGUUUUUAGUUGGUGGUUUUAUAGCUUUGUGUAAAACCACAACUGCCUGCACCGAGGACAAACCCAGGGGGCUUCCUCACCUCUCGCUGUCCUUUCCAUCCCUCCUGCAUUUGAAAUGGCAGAUGGCAGCAGUCUCAUCAUGGAACCGCAGCAUGCAUCUUUUUGUUUGGACUGAAACCAUACAGCUACAAGAUGAUGAAUUCCUCCCUGGAUCCACUGAACCAAAGCUCUGCUGACCCGUCAAACUUAUCUGCUCCCUUCUGCCUGCUUGAGAUAGGCUAUUCCCAGAUUUUCACCACCUGCCUGCUUGAAGUCUCUAUCAUACUUCUCCUCACUGUUCUCAUAAUUUCUGGUAACCUGGUGGUGAUUUUUGUGUUUCACUGUGCCCCCUUGCUUAGCCAGCACACCACCAGUGCUUUCAUCCAGACUAUGGCGUACGCUGAUCUGCUGGUGGGGGUCAGCUGCCUGUUCCCCUCUCUGUCCCUCCUCCAUCACCUCAAGGGCCUCAACCCCAAACUCACCUGCCAGGUGUUCGGGUACAUGGUCUCUGUUUUGAAAUCAGUUUCAAUGGUGUCGUUAGCGUGUGUGAGUGUAGACCGCUACAUUGCCAUCACACGACCUCUGACUUAUGCAUCCCUGGUGACACCUUGUCGAAUUCGAUGCUGCAUCGUUCUAAUAUGGUUGUACUCUGCUCUAGUGUUUAUCCCAUCUUUUCUGGGGUGGGGGAAGCCUGGUUACCACGGGGAUGUGGUGGAGUGGUGCGCAGUUGAGUGGAGGACUCGUCCGGCCUUCACAACCUUUAUUGUUGCACUGCUCUACGCCCCAGCUGCUCUCACUGUUUGCUAUACCUACGCCAACAUCUUCAAGAUCUGCCGGCAGCACACCCGGGAGAUCAGCGAGCGCCGCGCACGAUACAAACCCCAACAGCUGCAGGGCCCAGGAUUGACAGUGGGAUCUGCGUUCAAGGACAACAGUGCAGUAGAGCAAGGGCAGUUGCCCCACUUGUCUCAACCACAAAAAUCGCAACCACAAUAUCAGCAGCCCACAUCAACAUACCCAGACAAGCGAUACGCUAUGGUACUGUUCCGCAUUACCAGCGUGUUUUAUCUCCUCUGGUUGCCCUACAUCCUCUACUUUCUGUUGGAAAGUGGAGGGUUCUAUCACCACCCUGCAGCCUCAUUCCUAACCACAUGGCUUGCCAUCAGCAACAGCUUCUGUAACUGUCUCAUCUACAGCCUCUCCAACUCUGCCUUCAGGAAGGGCCUCAAACGUCUCUGCUCCUUCUGUUUACAGCGCAGUGGCAGUGGCUUCGGGGUUAGGAACACUAAAAAGGCUUUUGUUGGUUCUGUUGAAAAAGGAUGUGGAGUGCCGGCGUAUGGAUACGGACAUGGGGAAAUAGGAUUUGGCACAACAUGUCAUGUGUAGAGAACACAUAGAGGAAACCUUUGUGCCAAAUUGGCAUUUGAACUUUUUAAAAGCCUGAUGUGAUUGCUGUAAUAUGUCUCCUCUUUUAAGCUUAAAUGUGCUGUAAAGAGAUGGAAGGAGGCAUUGAUCCGUCACUGCUGUUUCUGUCGCAUUUGGAGGUUACACAGGCGUCCUCUCUGCAGACGCCACAGCUAGCAAUGAUAGAGAAAGGGAGUCAAGAGCAAAACACUGAAGGAGAAAAGGCCUAAAUAGCCCUGCAAGGUGUUUUAAAAUGGUUCUAGAAACCCAGCAUACUGUACUGUGUAUGGACAGGGGUGAUGGAUGGAAAGGGUUGGGAAGGAGGAGAAAAAGGUGUCUAAAAAAAUCUCUGGAGAAAUUAACUCUUUUGAGGUUAAACACCAUUUUUAUUGAUCAGUUUCCUUUUAAUGGCAAGCAAAUCCCUAACUUAUUUUGCCAAAACAACAAAACGCUCCAAGAAAAGUGUUCUGAAAAACUGUAUGUGAAACAAUGUGACCUUUGUUGCCAGAUUAUCAGCACAGUAUGAGUUAAAUGCAAAAAAGAAGACAGUUGUUGCUGUGUUUUUGUAAUGUGGUGCUGAGGUGAAGCUCUUUAAAUAUGUUUUUACGUGCUCCUAGUAUCUGAAUACAAAAAGUGAUGCAACUGUUUGUUUGUGUAUUUGUUGUCUUUUGUUGUUGACUGAUUGAUCGAGCUUAGUCAGUCAAAAAGAAAUGGAAAGAAAAAUUGUAGGUCUAGACUUAGUAUGUAGUAGUAUGUCAUUUUCGAGUUAGUUUGCAUUGACUGAAGUGAUUAUGCUUUGUCAGCAUCAAGACAUCUAUACAUCAACUUUGAAAUUUCAGAUUGUUAUAGUUUUAUGAUCGAUUUAAUGUCUUCUACUAGGUCGUAGGUUCGCACAUUGAGGCGGCUGUUUGAAAUAUAUGAGAUGAGAGGCUACCCAGCUCGGGUGUACGACUGUUAACCUGAAAAACCGCAAACAUUAUUUUCAGUUAAUUUAUCGUUCAAUUCAUUUUUAAAAUCUUUGUCAGUUUCAUUGCACCUUUGUUGUUUUGAUUAUGUAACUAAACUUAUUUCAUAAGACUCCGAUCAGACAGAGCAAAAGUUUUGCAGGUUGCCUAGUAAUAGUAGUAAAUGAUGUUGGGCGCUUUUCCCGCUCUGAGUAGAAACUUAUUUCAACAUGAGGCGUUUAGGGCGGUGUUGCAAAAAUGCAAGGCACAUACAGCAGAAAAGCGCCUUGAAAACAAUUUUAAAAAGCCGCCCCAGGCUGCUUAAACACGCUCUGUCUGAUCGGGCCUAACUGUGUCCAAGGAAAAGCAAGACCAAGGCUUUUGAUCAGUGGUAAAAACGUUAAGCUCUUAGAUGAAUGACCCUUGAACUGUGAUCCUGACCCCCCUGUCUCUGGGAUUGGCUGAGAGUAAUAGUCUAAUGAGAAGUCUUAUGUGAUUGUGGAAAUAAUGACCUUGUUACAAACUUAGGUGUAUGCUGUAUUGUGACUGCAUUAUUCUGCCCACUUUCAGGGACUAGUGUACACACACAAACACACACACACACACACACACACACACACACACACACACACACACACACACACACACACACACACACACACACACACACACUCUCUCUUCUUUUCACUCUUAACUUGAUAUUUAAUACAAAUUUAUCAAAGCCAAUAAUACGUCAAAAUGACUCCAAGUGUACAUACUGUUCAUAAACGCAAACAUUGUGAACCAUUAUCUCUAUUUUGAACCAUGGAGAAUCAUUUUACAGUUUAUUUAGGUGCAGAAAAUCUAACUUUAUAAAUUGUAUCUAAUCUACCAAAGAAAGUUCAUUUGGUUAAAUGAUAUUGUUUUCAAAAUAUCUAACAUGAAGAUUUAGUUAAGUGUGAUUUAGUAAGAGGGGGUUUUACACAAACUUUGUGUAGUUCCACUGCACUGUGUUGGCCCAGUGAUGCCUUUUCCGCAUGAAUAUGACUGUUUCAGUAAAGUGAUAUUUUGUUGCCUUGAUAUACAAAUGAAACUGAACUGUUGGAAAAGUAUUUUCCUUACAUUUAGUGAGGGCUUAAUUUAUAGACAUGCAACUGUUUUUAGAGGCAACAGCACAGACUGGAAAUAAAAAUAUACAUUAGCCAGCUUAAAAUUCCACACUUCGUACAGAAUAACCUAAACCCCAUCUGUUGUGUAAUGUCAUUGUUAAUUCAGCUACUCUCUUGUGUAAAACUGAAAUCAACCAGGAACAAACACAUGACUCAAAACUGUUAAUAUUGUUUGUAUUUUAAAUUAUUUGUUUGUGUGUGCAUAGGUGUGUUUGAGUGUGUGUAUGUAGGUGUGUUAGGAUGUGCCCAUUGGCUGAAUUUAACUGUUUACGGUGUUCUAGCAAGGCUGCUAACAGUGUUUCAUUGCUUUAUUAGCUGCACAUCACUUCUCUCGAAUACACUGUAUUUUGUGAGUGUACUGUAUGUGAGUAUGAUGUGCUAUUGUGGUAGAUUAAUGUUGUCUUUAAAUAUUUUGGCUGUCAUCUGUGAAGCAUUGCCAAAUAUUGUAAUCUUUCCUCUUUGUACCAUCUUUUGUUCAGAAUGGUGUAUUGAAUGUCUGAUUGCCAAACUACAGAAAUGUAUUUUUGUAAAAUGAUUUAGUUUUGACUAUUCUCUUGUGAAAUGUUGCAAAAUCUAAGUAGGUUUAGUAGCAUGAUUGCCUAUUGAAAUGAUUGAAGAUGUGUCUUAAUGAAGAUCCAUUUAUUUUACUUGGGCAGUUUCUGUUAAGGUGUCUCUACUGGCAAGAAGUUCACCACUAAAAAGACAUAAUUUCCCAUAGAAGUUAAUGGUACAAUUCCUCAGAAAUGCGUAA